GGUCACGCUCGGAGGCGUCGGCGUAAGGACGCGGGGGAGGUGGUGGGAGCAAGCGGCUGGCGUGCGGUGUCACACGGGUUCCGUGUGUGUAUCUGUGUGUGUGUGUACGCGAGCGCGCGCAUUCGUGCGCGUGGACCUCUAGGGUAGCUCGGCCCUGCGGGCACGCCCAUGGUGGUUAGUUGUGCCAGGGUCUGCCGGAGCGUGGUGCAGUGCUAUGCCUGCAGCCUGGGCAGCGCGCGGCUAGAGCUGCAGAAUGGAAUGUGGCUCAAAGAUCUUUGUGGCACAUGUAGCAGACUGUGUAUAUGUAUGUGUGUGUGUGCCUGCCAUCUCCCGCUGCCCCCUAAGUGACAGCUGUCCCGUGGGCUGCUGUAUCCGUGCUGCCCUUCCCACCCUGUGCCUUGCUUCUUCUGGGAACUUUGUGCCCACUUUUCCUUUCCCUGGCUCUGGGCCUUGCCUAUACCCUGCAGCCAGAUCCGCCUUGGGGUUCCUCGAAAGCCCAGCGGGCGGGUGGGGACCCUGGAAGAUCCCCGCCCGGUUGAUCCCUGCUAGGCUGGAAGGCAGGAGGGGACAGAUGCAUCUGAGGAGGCUGCCACAGCCGCACUGAGAGAGCCAAGUAUGGACCUGCUAUUCCUGUCUCCAGUUCUGCAGGCUCCAGCCUCUUCCUAUUUCCCCUGGAACUCCCUAGUCUUCCUUUGGUCUUCUCCAAGGCAGGCACCCUAAUGCCUCACAAGUCCCCCAUUUUCUCACUCACCCUGCCUGGCUUAGUGUUUUCUUCUUUAUCCCACUCUCCUGAUGGCUAGGCUCCGGAGUGACCACUGCUCCCCAGGAGCUCCCUGCUCCUUCUUCCCAGGCAGGAAGUGGAGCUGGACCUGCCUCUGGAAGGACCAUGCGCAGCACCACACUCCUGGCUCUGCUGGCACUGGUGCUGCUUUACUUGGUAUCUGGGGCUCUAGUGUUCCAGGCUCUGGAGCAGCCUCACGAGCAGCAGGCUCAGAAGAAAAUGGAUCAUGGCCGAGACCAGUUUCUGAGGGACCAUCCCUGUGUGAGCCAGAAGAGCCUGGAGGAUUUCAUCAAGCUCCUGGUUGAAGCCCUGGGAGGGGGCGCAAACCCAGAAACCAGCUGGACCAAUAGCAGCAACCACUCAUCAGCUUGGAACCUGGGCAGCGCCUUCUUUUUCUCGGGGACCAUCAUCACUACCAUCGGCUAUGGCAAUAUAGUCUUACACACAGAUGCCGGGCGUCUCUUUUGUAUCUUCUAUGCACUGGUGGGGAUCCCACUGUUCGGGAUGCUGCUGGCGGGAGUCGGGGACCGGCUGGGCUCCUCUCUGCGCCGGGGCAUCGGCCACAUCGAAGCAAUCUUCUUGAAGUGGCAUGUGCCACCGGGGCUGGUGAGAAGUCUGUCCGCAGUGCUCUUCCUGCUGAUCGGCUGCCUGCUCUUUGUCCUCACUCCUACCUUCGUGUUCUCCUACAUGGAGAGCUGGAGCAAGUUAGAAGCCAUCUACUUUGUUAUAGUGACUCUCACCACUGUAGGCUUUGGCGAUUAUGUACCCGGCGAUGGCACCGGGCAGAACUCUCCAGCCUACCAGCCGCUGGUGUGGUUCUGGAUCUUGUUUGGCCUAGCCUACUUCGCCUCAGUGCUCACCACCAUCGGCAACUGGUUGCGAGCAGUGUCCCGCCGAACUCGGGCAGAGAUGGGUGGCCUAACGGCACAGGCUGCUAGCUGGACCGGCACAGUGACAGCGCGAGUGACCCAGCGAACUGGGCCCAGCGCCCCGCCGCCAGAGAAGGAGCAACCACUCCUGCCCUCCUCUUUGCCGGCACCGCCUGCUGUUGUUGAGCCAGCCGGCAGGCCCGGCUCCCCUGCACCCGCAGAGAAGGUUGAGACUCCGUCCCCGCCCACGGCCUCAGCUCUGGAUUACCCCAGUGAGAAUCUGGCCUUCAUCGACGAGUCCUCAGACACGCAGAGUGAGCGUGGCUGUGCCCUGCCUCGGGCUCCUCGGGGUCGCCGCCGACCCAACCCAUCCAAAAAGCCUUCCAGACCCCGGGGUCCUGGGCGACUCCGAGACAAGGCCGUGCCGGUGUAGGGGCAGGAUCUCUGGACCCGGAUCCCACGCCAGGGCUUUCGCUCUUGCUGAUGCUCAGGCAUGCUUGGCUUAUUUGACCAAAGAGCCGUCCCUCUUUUGUUCCACGUGGUUGCAACCCUGACAGGAGUCCAGUGGUUGCCAAAUGCCACCGCUCUUCCCUGGCUGGUUCUUCACAUCCAAUCAUUUCCAAAGCCCACCAUCCAAGGCUUUCUGCCUCGCUCCCCUGCCGGUUUUGACCCUCACACCUCACAACUGUGCCUCAAAACCUGCACCAAUAAAACAAAAACUCUGCACUACCGAGUGCAUGCUCCUGGGUCCCAA